AUGUUGACAUCCGGCAACAACAGGAAGCCUGCAUAUGACAUGAAUGACAAACAGGAUAGGCCUUAUGUGUGCGAGGCCCCUGGCUGCUCUCAGCGCUUCCAGUUUGAGGAGCAUCUCAUCAUCCAUCGACAAAAACAUGCGAUGACCCUCAGGUUCUCUUCUUCCAAAUCGGAUCAGACUUUUACCGAUGAUACGCCGACUCCCACCCGGUUCUUGCAGAACUGUGAAGAAGUUGGUCUCUUCCAGGAGAUAGAGGAGGAGUUUCUCCAGGAGCAAGAAAAAGAAAAAGAGGAGCGCAAACAGACGGUUUCCCGUAAUGGGCCUUCUUGUAUGAAUCAGCACCAACUCAAAGCCCAACUCCAGCAGCCACCGCUGCACCAUCCCCACACCCAUUCCCUGCUGCAUCCCCAGUCCCAUGCACCCCCCAGUUGCAGCCUGGCAACCCAGCGAUCCAUCUCCUCCACCCAGUCUGGAUCUGCCGACAGCCGGGCCCCAUCCACACUCACCCACUCGGGGCCUGUUCCUGGACUCCCCUCCUCCCUCCUCCAAAUACGCAACAGACAGCGUCAACCGCUGCCAGCCUCGCUGCCUGGCACACUGCCCGACCCCGCCAUGCAAGGGGCAUCUGCUCAGCACAUGUCCAUGGAGAAGCAGAUGUCUUGUAUAAUGGGUAUACCAGGCCCCAUAAACAACCCGUCCUGUUCUUCGCCUCAGAGGUCCAAACAAAUGAUGGGCCAACACUACCAACACCAGCAUCCAGUCAUGCCACCUGUAAACAAUCCAACAAGUUCAUUGAUGGAGAUCAUGUCACAGCGCCACCAGGCACCUCCACUCCAACACCCCCAUCACCAUCACAAUCAUCAUCAUCAUCAUCAUCACCCUCAGCUCACCGCUCCACCCCUUGGCUACCAACAGCGAUGUCAUCCCUCCCAUCCGCAGCACCUUGGCAGCCACCCCCACCCGUCCAGGAACGCACCAGCUCACCAAUCGCCCCCCGCUCACCUCCCCCGAAGUUCCCCUCCUGCCCCCCCAUUGACUGUACCUGCACAGAUAUCGCCGCAAAUGCACGCCUGUCAAUCGCCGCAUUCCCAGCACGCAUUGCAGGUGAGUGGAAACUGCGGCCGGCGGAGGAGGACGGCCGAGCAGGACCCUGACGAGCGCCGGCAGAAGUUUUUGGAGCGCAACCGGGCAGCCGCCACCCGCUGUAGACAGAAGAGAAAAUUGUGGGUGUCGUCUCUGGAGAAGAAAGCAGAAGAGCUCACGCACACGAACCUUCAGCUACAGAAUGAGGUGACGUCAUUGAGGUCGGAGGUUGGUCAGCUGAAGCAAAUUCUGCUCACACAUAAGGACUGUCCUGUCACAGCCCGACAGAGAGAAGCGCAGGGGUACAAUACUGCAGGGGUGAGCCCGGGUGGAAGCCCCACCCCUGUAGACUCCGGGUGUCAUCGGCAGGCCAUCCAGCACAACAGCGUGACCACGUCCUCGCUGAGGCAGCACGACCCCAAGCCUGGACGCUAG